CAGGAAGUUGAUUCAUUAGUCAACAAACGCGGAUCCAUACGGAGCUAUUUUUCAAUUCAAAUUAAGCAUGAAGGCAGGAGAAAAACACUUUGACUGGCCUGACUGACGACAUGAGACAACCUCUGCUCCUUAUCAGCCUGGUACUGGCAGCCCUCCUCACUGCCAAUGUGCUGGCUCAAGACCCAGUCGAGAUCCAGUUCCAGACCGACCCAGUGCUGGUUCAAACUGGCACUGAGAUUGUGUUCACGGUGCUGACGGUGUCCCAGGUCCUGUUCAUAAAAUGGACCUAUCAGGAAGUAACUCUGGGUCUGUGGACUGGAGGGAAGUCAGAGGUAAACACGGUGGCCCAGUUCCAGGGCCGGAUCACCAUCACUGCCACCCAGCUGAAAAUCGGAGGCGCCCAGCUCCGAGACGCUGGAAACUACAUGGUGGAGGUGGACCCCAUUGAUACAACAGGCCUGGUGGCUAAUACCAGAUCAAUACAGCUGAGGGUGUUUGAUGCGGUGACCGGGGUGAGUCUGCAGAUUCCCACAGUAGCAUUGGAAACGGCAAACGUGUCUCUGAGGUGCACGUGGGCUGCAGGGACAGAGACUACAGUCCUUUGGGGGAAAGGAGGUGCGCCCAUCUCCUCAACCACCGACUCCAGAAUCACCAUCUCAGGCGGCUCUCUGGUCAUCAACCCAGCCAGACGGGGGGAUGCCGGGGAGUACACAUGUACCGUCAGCAACCUUGUCAGCGCCCAAACCGCCACACAGAGCCUCACUGUCUACUAUGGCCCUGACAAUCCCGUGCUGACCAAGGAGAGCCCGAAAGACUGCGUCGGGGAGGGGGAUGUGUUAGUGGGACAGACGGUGCGUCUCACCUGCUUGUCCGACUCUUUGCCCCCUGCCCUCUUUACGUGGCAACGUGACGGACAGACCGUGGUGUCCGGUCAGCCAGACAGCGGGGUGCUCAGCCUUCAGACCUUCUCCACGGAUGAGAGCAGCCGGUAUGUCUGCACCGCAAGGAACAGCAUCACCACAGGCACGUCGGAGCAGAGCACUGUCCUGACCAUCGUAGACAUAUGUCUCGAUGUUGGAGAAGUGGUUGGGAUUGUGAUUGGCUGUUUGCUGCUGAUCUUAAUCAUCGCGCUCCUCAUCUGGCUCAUUGUCUUUCUGGUGCGAAGGAGGAGGGCAGAACAAAGGGAAACUGUGCUUGUGCCCAAGUCCAACCCAAAUCCCAGGCCUUUACCUCCAGAUCCACAACUUAAUGGUGCGAGGGAUUUGGGCCAAGGUCCCAAUCCCCCCCUCUACGCCAACACACGCCCACGCCGCCUUGAACGCUUGUACGCAGCCCCGCGUGAAAACCGCAGCAACCCACAGACACUGCAGAUGAACGGCCUGCAGAACUCCGAUAUACACCGACACAAUGGUCGCACGGACACAAAUAGACUCCUACGCAAUUCUUUUCACAACAGCAAUUCAAUGCCACACAAUGGCAUCGACAACCCAGCCUUCACACGCGCAGAUGCUCAGAAUGUAAGUACACUACCAAACGCACAGCAGCAGAAUCCAAACGUUGUCAUACAGGGUGGUGCCCAGCAGCCAGCCGUCCACGUCAACCUCAACACGCAGCCUCAAAACGCCCAGCAAAACAACAACGCACAAAUGCCAACUAUUCAUGUCAAUCUUAACUCAUACCCGACAAACGGUCAACAGGCUCAGCAAGACAACUCUCAGCCUCUUUCAAACACAGCCAAUAAUAUUCCUUCACAAAACCAGCCAAGCUUGCUAGAAAGAGUGCUAUUAAAUCCCAGAAUGCAAAACGAGCAGCCGUUUCGUAGGGAGCCCUUGCUGACCCCGGGUUACUUAGAACCAAGUCACCAAGAACGGCCUGCACUUAUACCAACUGGACACACUCACUUUAACAGUGAUAACACUGCUCAGAGAAAUGCAAACACACAGACAUACACACAAGAGCCAGAGCCUCAUCACAGGUCUGAUAGAGACUCAGGUACCUAUGAUCCCUCUGUCAGCUCCUCAGAGCACAGACAGAUGCCGUGGGAUCGUCUCAGAGGGACACCGGCAUAUCCAAGCGGCCGUCAUCAAAGAGGACGGACAUCUCCUAACACUACAGACUACACUACCCAUCCUCCCAUAGGACAGGCCAGAACAAACACCAGACCUCAGCUCCGACCUCAGAGUAAAACCCCUCCUCGAAGACAAGAUGCUGCAUCAGCGGACAGACAGAGACGCAGCCGAUCUGCUGAUCGCCGAGGCCCAGACUCUCGCAGUGUAACACAGCUUGAGGCUGCUCGCCAAACACAGAGGAGCCCCCGCACACAAAGGAAGGCCGCUCAGCGAGACAUCAGAGCAUCUCCUGGUAGUCAGACCGCCCCCAGGCAGGAAGCCACACGCAACAAUAACCCCCAGGCUAUUCCUGAAGUGAGCCAGCAGGCCUCAGUGGGCCGCUCUGCUGUGUCACAAGGACUGAUGACACAACAGGGACCGACUGCUCUGCUCAGUGCAGAUACAAGAGCUUUGGCUGAUCCUAAUCACCUUCCACAGGCACACAUGGCCCCGCAGUACAGAGCACAACCAGUCCAACAAACACCACAAGGUCUGGGCACGCAGACGCAGCCUGUCAUACAAGCAGCCAACCCACCUCGCCAAGGAGGCUUUGCUCCAGUCCCGCACCCUCCUGUCCAGCCUAACCGCAGUAUCCUCACCCAGGAUGCACUUACAGCCCACACGCAGAGGGCUCAAACAUUUCAGAACCGGAAAGAGCAGACCCAUGCGGCCCUGUUUCACCCAGGACCACAGACCCAAAACUUUAAUCCGGUGGUGACUCAGCGCGCACCAACUCCUCCCCCUGUCAUCCCUCUCACACAGUUUCAAACCAUCCCCAAGAAACACACCCAGCACAGAUCUCCAAUCAGAGGACCGCAGCCCCCCAGACCUCCUGUUAACAUGCCAGUGGCUCAGCGACCUCAGCAUGGGCACCAUCACGGCACAAUGCCUGGCCACCAUCAUCACCAUGCAGGUGCACACAAGCAUGCACAUACCCACGUCCAUGGCCAGUUCACCCAUCCGCAGCAGCAACAGGCUCACAGAGGGAGACCGAGAUGAUGACAGAUGUCAGCAGACUGCACUGCGAAUGUCCCACAUCCACUGACACAAACAAACAGCUGACAGACGUGAUCCAAUAUACCACCAAGCAAGAGUGACUGCACAAGGUUCUGCACUCAAAAUAGCUGUCAUACCAUGGUAUCUAAGUACUAAAGUCAGAUGUUUUAUAAACAUGCCACCCAUGGGGAUGAAAAAUGAAAUGUAUUUUUGUAGACAGGCCUGUUUCGCUAAAAAGAAAAGACAAAUCAUCUUAAAGAAUGGGUCCUUUUUAAAAAAUUACUAAAUUAAAUCAAUGAUGUUGAAGGAUAUUCAUAAAAGAACUCCCCGACAGCAACCUCUCUCCAAACACACACACAGCUACCGAGGCACACAUAUAUUGUUCUAUUUUGACUUGCACGGCACAGGUCAUGCAUCAAACUUUGCCAAGAGGCUGCUCAGAGAAGACAAGCUCAGUGAUCCAUAGCUCUUGACCAAGCUCACAUCCGCUCUGCCAUUCAUCAUGAAAACUAAACAACACCACCUUGACAAAAUGCACUUGAGGUGCUCACAUGAAUAUCUGUGUGUAUCUAACACUUAAGUGGAAGUAAUAGUGACAGUAAAUGAGAUGGGGCUCAUUCUGCACAAGACGGACUCGUCCUCCCCCGGGGAACACUGACAAUUAUGAAAGAAGAAAUUAGCUGUAGGGGUGGCUUUAGUGUACAAGGAACUAUUUAUUUUGUGCCCUCUGUUUACAGAUGCCUCUCAUGACACCACUCAAUUAAGGGGAUUCGCCUCGCUGGCGCUGAGAAGUAAUGCUCAGCUAACUAUGAAGGGGAUCCCACGAAUGGAUGGGCGCUUAUUAAUUAACUGCUUUUAUGUGACUUAAACGACUUGGAAAAUAAUCACACCCGCGUAUGAAUGAGGUCAGCACAAAGACCUGAGCUGCCGUCCUUUCUGCUGAAAAAGCAGACUGGAACAAUUUACUGUGCUGCACUGUGUCACAGAACCAAAUAGGAAGGAAUGUCAUUAUACAUUUUGCAGAUUAUGUUUUAAGUGAUUUAUAAUGUAUGUGUUGUUUUUUUCUAACUCAGGGGAGUGCUUUCUAAAAUGGGUUAUUUAAGAUGUGUGAUUUAAUAUCUGUGUUAUUAUUUAUGAAGGAGUUUGAUCAAAUCCAUGUGGAAUAUAAAGGCUGAGGCUGCUGAUGCUUUUAUUUUUUACAGUUGUCUUAUUUGCCAAGCAAAGCCCAUCACAAGACCACAGCUAAAAAUGAACUGACUCUACUUUCAAGUAUUGUCUUUGCAGCCAAAAUGUGAUCUACCUUGUUCUAAAAUGUAGCUUUAUUGUUGUCACUAAAAGUAUAUAAUUGUGCCACACACUAAAAACUCCUGUGGGAGGAACUUUUAACUAGUUGUGAAACAGACUGUAACUGACCCUGAUGACCAACAACAGCAAACUAGUGCAUCAGCAGGACUGACGAUGACCAAAUUGUAAAAUUUACUUUAUGAAACUGGUGCAAGUGGGUAGGUGUCAGACCAGACUAUUAACAGCAUGCUGGAGAAACAGCCUCUCUUUACAUUUUCAGAUUAAGUGAGUGAUAUAUGAGUGAUAAAAGAAAGCAGAAGGAUAUUUUUUGACAAAAAAUACUACCUUGGCAUGUUCAAGACAAGAUCAGCAAAGAGAUAAGAGGUACAUCUUUGUCCCCAAGGGGUCAGCAAAAUUGACACAAAGUGACCCACAGCAGAAUUAAAGACACUUUUUUCAGUUUUUAAAGGACUGAUCUGAUUCCCCCUACACACCUGUCUUUCAAAACAGAUGUAUGAAGUAUUUCCUACACUUUAAAGUUGGCUACUUACGAUAAUAAAUGUAUUACAUUUCAAUGUAAAGAAAACCCCUGGCAGCCUGCUGUAACACAGUCCGAAAAAUUAAUUUAAACUUAAGUCCUGCCUCUGACAAGACAAGCAAGGCUUUAGAGUUUGGGGUGUCACGUGGGAUGGCCAAUCAGAUUUAAAGGGGGAGCUGUGCCACCUCUGGCCCCUCUUCUGGCCCAGCUCCUGCACCAAUAUGUUUGUAGUGGUUUCAGGCAUUUAGAAUUACAAUAUAGAAAUGUUCAGUCUUACUGCUGAUGGUCUAAUUAGCUGUCUAGCCCAUAAGGAGAUGUCAUUAUCGAUUUCAGUUUGUUUCACAUACAGCGGAAAAACUCCUCACAGGAGCUUUAAAACUGAUGACACUUUACAUCUUCACAGUAAACAUGGGCGCUAUAGUUUGUUAGAGUCAGUUGCACACAUGACAUCUCUUGCUUCUGUAAAUUAUUUUCAAAACAGGAAAUUUAUCCUCAACUCAAAAUAGUCCCCAAAAAAAGCACUUUUAAUGCUGUGGAAAUAACAUCUGCUCAAAGUUACAUUGUCAAUCUGAUGCAGGGGAUUUAUCAGCAUUUUUGAAAACAUGACUCGGCAUUUAAAACCAGUUUUUUGAAGAUUUGUGCUUCUGUGGAACAAAUGGGAUUUGUGUUACUUUUCUACAACCAAGGUGUGGAAGUUAAAAUUGUGCAGAGAUACAUCUGUUAAUCAAUAUCUUAGGAAAUUCCUGCCUCAUUGUUUUGAAUAAGAUAAUGAAUAUACUUAACAUCUGAGUAUAAAACCAACAUGUUCAAAUGAACUGCAAAUAUUCUGUCUCCCACUAAACAUCUGCAGCAUCAGUUUUACUCGGCUACCUUCAAAAAUGAUGUUUUGGAAAAAGGAUGCUUGUAAAUAGUUUAUACAGAUAUUGAACAUCCAUGUGAGAUGCUCUAAGCACAGGAAGGAUUUUUUCAUUGUUUGGGCUUUGUAAAUUGUUCCAAAGUCUUCUUUUAACUACAAUAAAAAUAUUUUUGAUUA